UGGUCAAACACGACUGACCAUUAGAAAGCAACACGGAAGAACUCAGCGAAUAGCGACAUCAAAAGGAACGAAGUUUUAACGAUUCAUAACGCGUUUAGUUUUUUUUUUAUUGUUUUCUUUGUAAUUUAGCAGUUAUGUGGCAAGAGAAAACGAAUCCCGGUGAUAUGGACAGCAACCUUCUGCGUCUAAAACAUGAACUGUCAGAUGAGGGUCUCCAAGCUCAGAGGAAUUCUGUGAUCGGUGCUCUCCAGGAGCUCAAACUCUUGCAGGUCCAGACUGCACUGAAGGAGCUGGAGUUCUCCAGUAAAACGAGCCAGGUCUCUUCACACACUCACACAAUGCUCGAUCAGAUAAACCACAGUUCAAUGAUAACCCACCUGAACCGAACACAGAAACCAGAAGAAAUUCUUUCACAAGAAUGUUUCAAGACUGAGCUUAUCAUGGAACCAUCUUUGUAUCUCACGAGUUCUCCAGCAGAGAACCGCCAUACUCCCACGGUACAUGAACCCAGGAGGGUUUACAGAGGAAGUCUGAGCACUUCUUCCUCUUUUUCCUCUCAGGAAGACACAAUCGACAAAGAUUUCUCUUCAUUCGAUAUCGACGACUCCACUGAUUGGACAGCCUCAUUGAUGAACCACAGUAGAAACAGACAGCCAUUGAUACUGGGCGAUAAUGUUUUUGCUGAUUUGGUCGGGAACUGGCUGGACCUGCCUGAUGUUGGAGGCCAGACAGCAGGUAAGGAGCAGAAUGACUUCAGUCUUAAAGACACUCUUUCGGAGUCAUCAUCUAGCAGUCACUCUCAAGAUAUCUCCAGGAAACUCUCACUAACAGCAAGCAUCUUCAAACGGGUCCUACGUCGUGUUCGGCCACAGCACCAGCGAGAAAGCAAAGCAACGGAUAUCUGUAAACAACCAAAGAUCUCAUGCAGAAAAUCAAAAUCAGAUGUCAGCAACCCAUUCUGGAAGAGAACGAGAAGAAUGAAGAUGAAAACCACACCCACCCAACAAGAGGGCUCAGAGGGCUUGAUAGACAGAGGAUGGGCGGAGAUUGUAGAGAAGCAUCAUCCAUCUGUGUUUGAUUACAGCUCAGCUGUGUGGGUCUGAUACAGUUCUACAUGGAAGAGACUGUUACACAUAUUAUUAGCAAUUGUUAAACAUAAUUAGUGGACUUUUUGAUCAAAAUUGUUGUAAAAAUGAUCUUCAAGUCACGGUGCUGCCUUUAAAUGCACCUAGGAAAGUCAGCCAUUUGUUACGGUCACAUAUUCAAGUCAAAGGUAGUCUAAACAAUAUAUUUAUAUGCGGAACACCAAA